AUGACGAAUCAAUACGACGAUAAAGACGAUGAUCUAUCAGUUAAUGUCGUUGAACCUGAUGAAAACGAAUGGAAACGAUUCAUAGAUGAAAUGAAAUAUGUACGUGCCUUAGAAUAUGUUCUUCAAAAUGCACCAGUUCGUGCUAAAGAUCCUGAAAAAAAAAAAAAAGCUGCUUCUAUGGCAUUAUCAACAAUGAUGAAAAUUAAAACAAAUGAAAUAUCACAAGCUGUGAAUUCAAUUCCAGUACCAUUACGUGAUACAUUAAUGAAAUAUGUUUAUAAAGGUUUCGAAAGUACAAAAGAUUAUUCCAGUAGUGCUCUAUUAGUAUGGCAUGAAAAGGUUCUUGCAGCAACUGGACUCGGAUCGAUUGUACGCGUUUUAACGGAUCGAAGGACUGUGUAG